GGAAUCCAUAGCAAAAUUAAUUGGUUACAAUCACAUUUUUUCAAGUAUUUAUCACCCACAAAGUAAUGAGAUGAUUGAACGUUUUAAUGCGACAUUCGUUCCUCAAAUUGUUAAACUUCAAGAUCUAGAAAAUAACAAUUGUGAUGAAUUCUUAUCACCAGUGAUAUUUGCUGACAACAUUGGCAUCCAUGCAACGACUAAUUAUUCACCAUUUCAACUACAGUUCGGUCGAAAACCACGUUUACCUACUAAUGAACCUUCAUCAUCAUUUACUUUCAAUAAACCAAAUGAUUAUUAUGUACAAUCGAAAAAAAGUCUGUUGAUAAUACAACAACACGCACGUGAUAAUAUUAUUCAUCGACAACGACAAUACAAGAUUAAUUAUGAUAAACAACGUCCAGAUCCACAUUAUGAAAUCAAUGAUCUAGUACUGAUUAAAAUUCAUGGAAUAAAGAAAAAAUCAGAACCAAAAUAUUCGAUUACGCCAUAA